AGGGCCACGGCCACAGGCUCUGGACACCUUUCGUCCGUCGGCUACUCCCGCCUCACCAUGAACGUCCUGAGGCUGGCACUCGUGCUCACCCUGCUCGGUGGCCCCCAGGCCCUGCACAGGGGCCCCCAGGACCCCAACUUCACUGAGAAUCUGGUCAGUGGCAAUUGGUUCUCGAUAGCACGAGCGUCCAAUGAACCGAAACUCCUAAGGAUGGACUCAGACACGAUGUUCUUCAUCCACAAGAUCCACGUGACCUUCAAGACCAUGCAGUUCCACGUCCACAGAAGGGUAAAGGGUAGGUGUAUCCCAAUUGUACUGACGGCAAGUAAGACGAGAAGGAAGUCUCAGUACGUGCUGAAAUAUGCCGGCCACAGCACGAUCUUCAUGGAGAAGGCGGAUCCCCAGCGCUUUGUCAUCUUCUGCAUCCACAACAGGAGGCACAGGAAGAAGGCGGUGAUGGUGGACCUCCUCGGCAGGACCCCCACCGCGGGCUGGGACAUCCUGCACACGUUCAAGAGUUACUGCCAGAGCCGCGGGACCGGCCCGACCGACAUCAUCAGCCUGACCCAGACCGGUAAGCGCCCACCCCCAGCCCAGCCUCGGGAGGCCGCAGGGGCUCAGCGUGGACCGCCACUGAGCACCCGUGCCCCUCCUGCCACAGGCCGCUGCCUGCACGCCCGACCGUAGAGAGGCUGCUGGGCCCAGGUGAGUGAGCUCUGACCCUGCAGGGGCUGCGGCGUGGGGGCCCCUCGAGGCCGCGUGACACGGCAAGUGCUGCUCCACGGGCACUGACCACCUACCAUGCCAGCGGCGGGGUGCGGCUAAGGGCUGGCAGCUCGGGGAGACUCCAGCCGCCAGGGCCACAGCCAGGACCCGGAGCGGGGAUGCCCACAGGGUCCCCUGAAGACUGUGGGGGCAGUGCCUGCCUGGGGAUGCCCACAGAGUCCCCCAAAGGCUGUGGGGGCCUGGGGCGCUGGGGGGCCUGCUGCGAGGCUCGGGACCAGUCUGCAGAAGGAGACCGGGGGCCAGGAUCUGCUCCAUCGGUCCCCCACCCCCCAAACCCACGCUGCCCCUCUCACUCACAGGAGCGUCUCCCACACCGGUAUUGUCCCGUCGAAGGACUAGAAGUUCACAGUCCACCGGAGGAGCCCUUCAACCGCUCCCCUCCCCCAGGCCCCCGUUCCUGGAGACCUUUCCUGGCGUGCCCAAUAAACACC